AUGGCAACCCAACGGUUCCUGCAACUUCCACAGGCUAUAACCAUGGACAUCCUCUCAAGGCUCUCUGUCAAUACCCUUUUCAACUGCAGGUGCGUGUGCAAAGCGUGGCUUUCUAUAAUCUCUGACCCUCAGUUUACUCAUCUCCACGCUUCAAGAUCACCCUUUGGCAUCUUGAUCGAGACCUUCCCCCCUCCCCAUCUAACAAAACCAAUGGAACUUUAUUUUACCCUUCUGGAAGUAGAAGCAUGUGCUGCUCCUGGUUCAGAUUUGCAGCUCGAGGAAAUAACGUUUUCUCCAGGAAAUACUCUACCACCAGUUGACGCCGCCAUGCCCGAAUUUCGCUUGAUAAACUCAUGUAAUGGUCUGCUUUGUUUUGGAGCUAAUGAAGGCUUUCCCCUGUAUGUGUGCAACCCUGUUUUGGGCGAGUACAUCACCAUUCCAACUGCUAAUAGAAACGACAAGUGGCUUAUUGUUGGACUUGGUUUUAGCAUCAGGACCAAUGUGUACAAGGUGUUUCAGUUGAACAACCCGGACACUGAGGCUGAGAUUUACACCAUUGGCGCAGGAGGGGCAUGGAGAAGCAUUGGACCUCCUCCUCCUGGGGAUUUUAAUAACUUAUCGUUCAAUAAUUUUCUUCAUGGAGCUGUUCAUUGGAUUCCCUAUGGUGGCAGAAGUACAAGUUCCAAGGUUAUACAAUCUUUUGACUUUGAAAGAGAACAAUUUCGGCCAUUAUCACUACCUAGUUUGCUAGCACAGAAUGAAUUUCUGUAUAGUUUGACAUUGGAAGUGAUAGGAGGUUGUCUCCAUCUAUGUGUGCUUGAGGAUGAUGCUAGCAAACUGGACAUGUGGGUUAUGAAGGAGUAUGGUGUCCAAGAGUCUUGGACUAAAAUUCUUACUUUUGAAAACCUGUUUGGUCUUUGGACGGAACGAAUCUGUGAUAGGUAUAAUCCAAUUAUGUUUUUGAGCAAUGGGGAAAUCCUGAUGUUCUACAACUUUGAGCGUGUAGUUUGUUAUAAUCAAGAACAAAAGAGCUUCAGAAAAAUAAAGAUUCCUUCGACUAAAAAGUGGUCAUUUCAGCCAAUUGCUUACAGUCCAUCCUUUCUGUCGCUAUACGAUAUUGCAAAGGCAGAGGACGUGAAGAGACAUGUAAAAAGGUUGGCAGCAGUAAGAGAUAUAACAAGCUGCCUGUUUGAUGAAUCGAGUUAUGAUUGUACUGCUUUUGAAGAGGCUCUUCCUAAAGCCAAAAAUUCCUCUCCGGAUUUGAAUCGGAGGAUUGGGACUGCAUGA